GAGCAGAGCAGCCCCAGCAGAGGCGCACAGCAGAGCUGGGAGCUGGAAUAAAGGACAGAAGGAACAUUGUUCAAACCAAAUGCGCAAACGUAUCCAAUGAGUGAGAGUAGGUUUUUUGUUCUCCUCUUCGUGGGGCUCAUUCUCAUCGCGACAGGUGUGAACACGUCCUGUCCCUUGGAGCUGAGCCCCCCCAGGGUUGUGGUGAAAUAUGGAGAUCCGGUCACAAUCAGCUGCAUGACAUGGAAGCGCGACCACGACGGUAUGGGCUGGGAGGCUCCUCAGGGCGGCAAAUCCAUCUCCAACGUGACUUCUUCGAACUGGACCGUGGACAGUCUCACAGAAUGGGACAUGUCUCCCAUCUGCUUUUUUGCCUCCCAUUAUAAGGGCUGCACCAUCACACCUGGACUCGUGCUUUAUACAUUUCCAGAAACAAUCAGCAUCCGAUCCAGCGGCGAUUUGAAGGAAGGGGAGGAAACCGUCUUCACGUGUGAUAUUGUCGACGUAGCGCCACUUCAAAAUCUCUCUGUCACAUGGUUCAAAGGAGACACGAUCAUCCACAGAGAGACUUUUAAUGAUUCCACAAAGGAGCCGGUCAGUCAGUCGUCCAUCCUUCAAUUUACACCAACUAGAGAGGACAGCGGCAGCACGAUCACAUGUGAGGCGCGAUUGGACCUUGGACCUGUGGGGCCGGACCUUAAGGUGUCUUCAGAAGAGUAUGCUGUCACAGUUUUUUUCGGACCAGACGUGCCGUGCACUGUUGUGGAGAUCACGGAAGGUCAAACUAUUGAAGAAAAAUGCGCUGUGACGGGAAAUCCGGCCCCUAAAGUAAGAUGGUUCCAGGACGGAGAGCUCAUCAACUCAUCCGUCCCUUUCGGAAGAAAAGAUGCAGGAAGAUACGCAGUCGAAGCUGAAGGGCACACCCCACUCAACAAGACAAUCACCUUUAUUGUUUUGUACGGACCAGAAUUGGAAUGUCCGAGCACGUAUACUGUGCUGGAGCAUGAUGAUCGCAACCUGGCCUGUACUGUGGAGGGCUAUCCCACACCGGAGAUCAUCUGGUACAAAGACGGCGAGGAGGUCGAACUUCCUGAAACGUUCACGAGAAGGGACGCGGGGCAAUACGUGAUCACAGCUUCAAACAGUCUCACGAGCGUCAAUUCCACUGUGGACAUUGUGGUUCUGUACCCACCGUCACAGAUCGUCGAGCUCGAAGACUCUGAAAUCGAGGUGGGGUCCGACGUGUGGCUGAAGUGUUCGUCCGUGGGUAACCCCCGACCCAAAUACUCCUGGACUUAUUACCGGACAGGAAAUGUGGAGGAGGAGAGCGAAGACGGAGUGUCCAGGCUGAUCAUCUCCAACGCCACUGCGUACAACGGGGGCUCGUACACGUGCCGCGCCAGCAACGUCAAAGGCAGCGUUUACAAAACUGUGGUGGUCACCGUGAACGGUGCCCCACCGGAAUGCCCCAUUGAAAUAACUCCAGAGACCUUGAUAGUCGAAUACCAAAACCAGGGGCGUCCAGCCACAUGCCAGCCGACAUCCACCAGCGCCUCACACGUCCGUCAGAUAUACUGGCAAGAUCUGCAGGACAACAGAACCUUCGAUGUGAUCGACUGGCUUCCUGACACCUAUAACAACUGGUACUCAAGGCCUGCUUGUUUUGGAGAUUUCCAGGGAAUCGGAACCUGCCACAAGAAACUAAAAGUCAUUAUUUACAAAACACCAGACAGCGUUUCCAUCCGUCCGUUGGAGAACUCCAGCUCAGUGUUGGAGGACAGAGCGUUUCAGCUGCACUGUGACAUUAUCAACGUCGCCCCUGCACAAAUGCUCACUGUGCAGUGGUACAGAGGGAGUGAAGCCAUUGGACCAGGGGUGCUGAGCCUGGAGGACUGUCAGCCUGACGACGUCAGAAACUGUGAUAUCGGCGUCGUCAAGUCACCGGUGAACCUGACGUCCUCCGUGAACGUCACUCUGAACCGGGCGCACAGUGGGGCGGAGUUCAGAUGCGAGGCUCAGUUGCGCCUGGGAUCGGAAGCGUCGCAUGGUGCUUGGAGCUCGGAGUCCGCCCCUCUGAACCUCACCGUCCUCUAUAAGCCCGUUAUAAACACCGCAAAGCUUCCAAAGAGAGUCCCCCUGUUCAGGGGUUAUCCCGAGGAGCUGGUCUGUGAAGCCCAUGGGAGUCCCGCUCCGGUCAUCCAGUGGCUCUACAGCAAAGAUAAAGUGGUUCAGGUGUCUGGGGGAAAUCUGACUGUGUUCGAGGAAGGCAUCUACAACUGCUCGGCUCGCAACGGCGUGGAUUCCACCGUACACGUCGUCGAAGUCGUUUUAAAAGAGGACUACCUGCCCCUCAUCGCCGGCUUCGUGGCCGUCACAGUCGUCGUCAUCUCCGUCAUCUUCGUCUUCCUCUACUCCAUCUACUACAAGAACACCAAGAUGCGCCGCUACAGUCUCAAAAACCCCAAACUCAGCACUCACAACGGCAACGUGGCCACGAACGGCUGGGAUCUGCCGUUACCCAUGACCAAGCUGUCUUAGCAUGGCCCCAGAUUACCGGCUGACCGCUCUGAACGACCUGCAUCUCUCCGCCAGAGCCAGAACCUGCAGCCAAACGCUCAAAAAGGCUGAAGUGAUGAGUAAAAUGGAAGUUAAAAAACAGGGUUCACCUAUUUGCAAAUCGCAUUAUUUUGCUGGCGAUAGAGCAAAAACCGACACAUCAGGAGAGAGUCGCUCAUUUUGAAUGUGAUAGCAGAGACACGAGAAUGAAAACGUUUGAAAACAGGAAACCAGAACGAAGAGGCCGGUUUUGGGAGAGCGGUGUUUUCUGUUUCCUUUUUUUUUUAUCUGAUGCAGCGUUCUCGCUGCUUGGCAGUCCUUGAGUUGUUUUGGGAGAGUUUUUGUGCUGUUAAGUUUGAUAAUGAUGAAUAAUGUAGGCGGGGUCAGGUCAGGUCAGUACUGUAGAGAUGAAUGAAGCGAGUGGCCGAGCUGCACGGUCAGGAACUGCUGAAGUUCUCAAACUGCUGUACUGUCCAGCAUUUAUAGUGCCUGCUUAGUUGUGUGAGUUAUUGGAAGCGAUUCAACUCCACACCAACAGGAAUGCAGACUUUUGAACUGUGUGGUGAUAACAGAACAGGUGGUAUUUCCUAUUUUACAUCUGCGAGACGUUUCCUUGGUUUUGGAGAAUAAUUAACAUUCAUUUGUCCAGAGAAGCCUUUUGAACAGUGUCAUUUUGAAUCGUGUUUGCAUUUGGCUUUAUGAUACAUUUUUUAAUUGGCAUUUAUCACCUGUGAACAUCUAAUGAGUUGCAAAAUUCUCCUCCAGCUGUUUUCUUUUUUCAUUAUUAGAAUCGUGUUGCUGCCAUCACAUUCAAAAUGAGCUCAUCCGUUCUCGUCCUGCAGCAUCUGAUGCUUCUGUUGUGACUGAAAUAUGUUUUAGUGAGAUUUGCGGCUGAUUUUAAACCUGUUCUUUGAAGCAUUUCACUCAUCGAUCCAACCCGUGUGGAAGUAAGAUGUUAGAGUACGGGAGGGUCUGAAUACGACUCAGACAGAAGGAAACACUGGACAGUUUGGAAAAUGUUUCUAUCCCCCCAAAUAUCACACUAUCAACCCCAAAUCUAAUGUCGCAUAAAUGAGUGUUUUAUCCUGUCAGCCGGCUUGAGAUGCACAAGUCAUGACGUACUACUGGAAUUCACCUGUUUUCACUGGAGCAAGAACUCAACUAUUUAUUCUGGGCAGAAAAGGGAAUAAUCUCAGCUCAUUUCUUGGUUUCACUAACAAUUUUUUUUGCAUUAAAUGCUGUCCCAUCAAAAUAUACUCAGUCAAGAUUUUUAUAUGUAGCUACUUCUCACACCAACAGGAUGUCACAUCAUGUGUUUGAACUUUGUGAACUUCAGACUGCUGUGUGUUUUUUUCCCCUGACAUAAACAGGAAAUGUUGAUACCUUUGAAAAUGUGACAUCACUGAAUAUGUGAAAACCAGAUCAGCUUCACAGAGUUUGUGGCGAUCGUUGCUCGAAAGUACAUUUUGUUGAGCCUUUUGUCCUUUGGCCGUGCUCCCUAAGCCCCUGUGCCCUCCUCUCAGUGCCAUACUGUAUCAGGCUCUGGCCUUUCGGGACAAAAUACAUUGUUCCACAGUUGGGUGCUUUUUUUAAAAAGUGACUGCAGGCAUUAUAGCCCAAUGCCACCCCCAAAUUUUAUGUUAAAGCUCAAGUUUAUUUAUGAGAAAAAGUGAAGAAUGAAGGAUUUUUGUACUGAGACUGGACUGCACACAGGAUGUAAACACUGCACCUGCAUAAAAAAAGGGGCAUGAAGACAUUUUAUUACAUUUGUGAAUACUGCUGUAAAUAUUUAUGACUCAUGUUAAAACUGUAUUUUAUUAUUAAAACCGUGGCUUAA